GGGUUUGGCAUUGUUUAGCCUUUAGGGCUUCUUUCUAACGCUGGAGCUCGAAACACUAACGAAACUCAGACUCUCUCUGUAGCCGGAGACUUGAUUCACCGAGAGAGAGAGGAGAAGAGUUUAGAAGCAAUGGAGGGAGCAGAAGAAGCCGGGGCCGAGAUGACGGUCGAUUCAAAGGACUUACAGCAACAAAGCAAAGCUUUAGAUAAGCUUACCGAUCGCGUCGAGGAUCGCCAGCUCGAUUCUAAUCGUGUUCAAUCGGCUAUGGCUUCGAUUGGUGCUUCUAGGGAGGCUGAUCUUAAUGCUAAGAGAUUGAGGGAGAAGGAACUGGCUUCUGUUAAGAUCAAUGCCGCAGAUGUUGAGCUCAUUGUUAACGAACUUGAGCUGGAAAAGAAUGUGGUGGAGAGAACUCUAAGGGAGCACAAAGGCGAUGCAGUUGCUGCGACAAGGGAGUUGCUUUCACGAUAUCCUCUAUGAUGGGACCAGUACCAGCAUUUCUCGCUAGUUCUUUGUGUGUGCUAGGUCGAGAGACUUGAGAGUUAUGUAACCAAAUAUUAAAUUGAGUUUUGAAAUUUCAUUGCUGAAUAAGUCUUCUUCCCUGAGUAUAAAUCCCUCAGUAAAAUGUUUGCUCCAGAAUUUAUAUGUUGCGAUUUGGAUAUCAAAAGGUAACAAUCCUGUGAUAAACAUUCUUUUUUUU